GUCUAUAAAUUCCAAGUUAGGAGCCUUCAACUUUUCUCAAAGCAUUAGCUGCAAUACCUAAUCCAUGCAGAAGCAUCCCAUCCUUAGAAGGUGGUUUUGCUUUUGCAAGAAGAUUUCGAAGAAGAGAAUGGUGGAAAGCAUAGCAAAGAGAUGGAAACAUCUCAGUGGUCAAAACAAUUGGAAAGAUCUUUUGGAUCCUCUGGACAUUGAUCUCCGGCGAUUCAUUAUUCAUUACGGCGAAAUGGCUCAAGCUACUUACGAUGCUUUCAAUACCCAGAAGGCAUCAAAAUACGCCGGGAGCAGCCUGUAUGCCAAGGCUGAUUUUUUCUCCAAGGUUGGUUUAGAAAAAGGGAAUCCGUACAAGUACUCGGUGACCAAAUUUUUGUAUGCAACAUCACAAAUCCCACUUCCUGAGGCUUUUAUCGUCAAAUCUUUGUCCAGGGAGGCUUGGAGCAAGGAAUCAAAUUGGAUAGGCUAUGUUGCGGUGGCCACCGAUGAAGGGAAGGCUUUGUUAGGGCGAAGGGAUAUUGUGAUUGCUUGGAGAGGAACUGUGCAGACCUUGGAAUGGGUUGAUGAUUUUGAGUUUCUUUUUGUCUCAGCUUCGAAAAUACUCGGCAACUCCGGUGAUCCAAAGGUGCACCAAGGUUGGUACUCCGUUUACACUUCCGAUGAUCCUCGGUCGCCUUACAAUAAAAGCAGUGCAAGAGAUCAGGUUCUUAAUGAGGUCAGGAGACUUGUGGAACAAUUCAAGAACGAAGAAAUUAGCAUAACAGUAUGUGGGCACAGCUUAGGAGCUGCACUUGCAACAUUAAACGCAGUCGACAUAGUUGCCAAUGGCUUCAACAAAUCCAAAUCCUCGCCAAACAAAGCUUGUCCCGUCACAGCAAUUGUGUUCGCCAGCCCUCGCGUCGGCGACUCAGACUUCAAGAAGGUCUUCUCUGGGUGUAAAGAUCUUCGAGUGUUACGCAUUCGCAAUGCUCUUGACGUUGUCCCCAAUUAUCCAUUGAUAGGAUACACAGAUGUUGGACAAGAAUUAACAAUUGAUACCACGAAAUCCAAGUUCCUGAAGAGCCCUGGAAAUGUUUCAGCUUGGCAUAAUUUGGAGGGUUACAUGCAUGGAGUUGCAGGAACACAAGGAUCUAAAGGAGGAUUUAGCUUAGAGAUUAAUCGAGACAUUGCUCUUGUUAACAAAUCAUUAGAUGGCUUGAAAGAUGAGUAUCUUGUACCAGUUGCAUGGCGAGUUCAAAAGAACAAAGGCAUGGUGCAGCAACCAGAUGGUUCUUGGAAGUUGAUGGAUCAUGAGGAUGAUGUUCCAGAAAUGUAGCUUGAAUUAAUAAUCUCUUCAUUAAUUAGGUCAAGUAAGCUGAUAUAAUUAAGUGAAGUAGAUCUAAGAAAAAAAACCUGAGCUAAUUAAUUGUUAUGUUUUAGAACAUUGUGUUGAAUAAAGGAGGAAAAUCCUAUUUUGUUCCAUGAA